AAAAACACCGUUUGUUUUUUCGCCUUGUCCAGGACGCAAAUGUGUCCACAUCACCGACUCACCACUGGAUUGUAGCAGCGGCCCCACCGAUGGUUUAAAAAGGGCUUCAAGGUGCGGGAAGGGAGUGGGACAAUUACAGGAUGAGUGAACGAUACACGCAGAGCGGAAGUAAAGGGGCUCUACUCGUCAUGGUGCUGGUGAUCGGAGUCUGGGAGAUGACCGCGCCAACCGAGGGAGCUACAGCAGCUCACCAUGUCCGUACAGGCACCUGCGAGGUGGUGGCGUUGCAUCGCUGCUGCAACAAGAACAAAAUCGAGGAGCGGUCACAAACUGUGAAGUGUUCCUGCUUUCCCGGGCAAGUGGCCGGCACCACCAGAGCCGCUCCGUCAUGUGUAGAUGCCUCGAUAGUGGAGCAGAAGUGGUGGUGUCAGAUGCAUCCGUGCCUUGACGGGGAGGAAUGCAAAGUCCUUCCUGAUCUGAAGGGCUGGAGCUGCGCUACAGGGAACAAGAUCAAAACUACAAAGAUUUCCGCGGACAGAGACCAGCUUUGGUAACGUCAGAUGCUUCACAGCAGAGUCCAGGUGAAUCUACAGUUCUGGUCUUUGUUAGAUCAUCAGAGGAGAAGAGAGUAAUAAUGCAGAGGACCUUUCUGUAAAUAGAGACUUCCUUUCUUCUGGACCGCAGUUUAUCUUUGGAAAACUCUGAAUGCUUCUUCCUGAACUCUAUGGACAUCUGAAGAGGAGUAGAUCCUAUGAAAUGGUACUGAUCAGUCGACGCUUCUUCUUUGAAGGACUCCAUGUGAUUGGCCCUACCGGACGACAGGAUUUACCCUCUGACACUAUACUGCUCGUAGUGGAAUACAAUGGUGAACUUUGCCUAUGUGUUAAUUUGUAGAGUCUUAUGUUCUUUACAGGGGAUUUUGCAUCACAAGUUGACCAGGGUGAACAGCAGGUCGGUAUGUUGUAAGCAUCACAACUAUUCAUACAAACUGUGACUUUGUUUUAAAAUCGGUCAAUUGUGACAAAAUGUAGUUUCACAUACGGAUGAAAACAUGCGGCGAGGCGGCGGAUAUUCAGGGUGAUUUUCAAAGAAAUACACAACCACAUUCAUCGCUACGUCACUCAUAUUAAAAGGACUGCUGAAGUUCUGCAGAGCUGUGUCAGGUGUAAACUGAUCAAACCAGAUGUUGACAGACACACGGCUGGAUCCAGUCCUGGUUUAUUUGAAAAUCACUCUGAUUCUGUUUGUGUAUCACAGCUCUGAGUUCAGACUCUGGACAACAACAGUGUAAAUGAAAACUGGGUGACAACAACAACAACAACAAUAACAACAACGUUCCCACAACUGUUUUCAACUAGUUCCUCCAGUAUGAUUUAAAUUUGGUCACCUCAGUAGGUAUCGCUAACACUCCCUCUGUCUGUGUAAGUGAUGACAUCAGUAAUAAACUAUGAUUGUGUAACUAAA